GGAAGAUGGGAGGAAGGGGAAGGAAGCGAGGAGAGGAGGCGGGCCCAAGUGAAGGCGCGGAAAAACUACGUCAGCGGCUGCGGAGCCAUUUGCUUAUAUAGGAGCGUGGUUGUCUUGUGAUCGCUGUGGAAUUCAGUUGCAACACUUCCUUGACGUCUGUGAUUGUUUCGUCUUGUGUGCCUCUUGGAGGAGUCGCCGUUGCGCAGGCACCAUCAGAUCCCAACCGCCCGGAAGCCGGCACCAUCAUGCCCAAGAAUAAAGGUAAAGGAGGUAAAAACAGGCGUAGAGGUAAGAAUGAGAAUGAAUCUGAAAAAAGAGAAUUGGUCUUUAAAGAGGAUGGCCAAGAGUAUGCUCAGGUAAUCAAAAUGUUGGGAAAUGGACGAUUAGAAGCAAUGUGUUUUGAUGGUGUAAAGAGGUUAUGUCAUAUCAGAGGAAAACUGAGAAAAAAGGUUUGGAUAAAUACCUCAGACAUUAUAUUGGUUGGUCUGCGAGACUAUCAGGAUAACAAAGCUGAUGUAAUUUUAAAGUACAAUGCAGAUGAAGCUAGAAGUCUGAAGGCAUAUGGCGAGCUUCCAGAACAUGCUAAAAUCAAUGAAACAGAUACAUUUGGUCCUGGAGAUGAUGAUGAAAUUCAGUUUGAUGACAUUGGAGAUGAUGAUGAAGACAUUGAUGAUAGAGAGGGGAAAAAAAGAUCUAAAUUGAACUUAAAGUUUCAGAGUAUUUGUUCCAUAGUUUGGAUUUUGGCCAUCACGUGUCAAGAAGACUAAAACUUCGGGAUAAUUGCAGUUUCCUAACACACACUUUGUUUUCAUUGUUUUAAAAUAUUUAUUAUCUUUAAAUGAGCUGUUAACACUUUAUUCUUUUGAUGUAAUGGAACUUAGGGAUGAAAGAUCACAAGAUCUGCUGUUAAAACAUAGAAAGGAGACGGGGGAAGAGAGAGAGAAUGAAUAAAGUAAAUGUUUUCCAGGUAAUGAAUGUUUUGACUAAAUUGCUUUAUCUUUAGGUCAGUGAUAAGUCCUAGUCCCAAGUAAUUUUUUAUUCAGCCUUUCUUUAUGUUACCUAGAUAUUCUCUUUAAUUUCUGUUAAAAAUUUGAGGAAGAAAGAAAUCUACAUUUGAAGUUAAGAAAAGGGGCUAUUUUUUAAUAUUUCUGUAACUGGGUGCUGUAUUUUCAAACUGAUAACAUUCUUUUUAUCAUUUCAUGCUGUCAUAAAUAACUAGCACUUAUAAACUGCUUAUUUUAGAACAUGGCCUUGAGUAGCAAUUUUUAAUUUAUACAAUGGGUAUUUGCAAAAAUUCAAUGCUAGAUGGUAACUCAAAAUUGGAAGUACUGAUAUACUAGUGUUUUUUACUUAAUGUGUACAAAUUUCUUUAAAAAGACAACUUUUAAUGGCCAAAUAAGGAGAAUAGUUUGUACUAUACCAAAAAGUUGUUAAAAUGUGUCAUUUUAUUUUCAAAAGUCAUGCGUUUGUUACCUAUAGUUUUGGGCUUUGUGAACAAUUAAAUUACAAUGUAUAAGUGAAAAAUUAAUUCUAUAAUAAACUGCUAUAAGGAAAACAACGGGAUCACAGCUAAGAAAUAUAAUAAAAUGUCCAUUGGGUAUAUUUUGGCCUUA